ACUCGACCCCUCUGCAUCCUUCCAACGUAUCAUUCACAUCAAUUGACUACAAACCUAAACAGAUCUACAGAUACCUCACAUCUCCACGCACACAAUGGAAAAGAUCAAGGAGAAGCUUCACAUCGGCUCCAGCCGCCGCAAGUCACAGCCUGAGAACGACGUUGCCGCUGCGUCAGACACAACACACAGCACCACCUUCAACUCUGGCCCCGGCCAUGUUGACACCACGGGCACCCAUGGCAGGACCGGCAACACCAUCGAGGACUCCUACGAGGACCGUGGCAGCUUCGACGAGGAGCUCGCAACCAUGACUCCAGAUGAGCGCGUCGCCUACCUGAAGGAGUACGACGAGUCAGACAAGACCGACGAGCCGAAGAAGGGCGGCCUCAUCGAGAAGCUGAUUGCACGCGGCAACAAGAGAACCGAGGACCAGCUCGCACAAGAGCACGCCCAAAGGACUGCUGCGCAGACCAACCUGAGCGGCGCGGCUGCCACCGCUGGCCAGAACCCUGUCAUCCGAUAGGCGCCUUCGACUGUCAUGACGAGCAAGAGCAAGACAUGAACAGGACUCUGAGUGGAGGAUUAGCG